UUUAAUGUGAUUAAGUUAUAAAUAUAACAAGAACAAUAAGUAACUAAUUUACGAAAUUGAUCAUUCAGUUAGUGGCUGUGCCUGAAAACAAUAGGACUUGCUUUAAAUAUUUAAUUAAUUGGAAAACACCUACAUGUCAAAUCGUAAGAACAGUCAAAAUUAUUUAUACUCACAUAUAAUGAAGAAUUAGACAUAUCUCAUUGUUUUAUACCAAUAUUGACUUACUAUUUCAAUAAUGUUCAUGAAAAUGAGACGAAGAAGCAACAUCAUUCCUCGUACUACAAGUGAUUUAGUAGCUACAUCAUUCCUAGCAAUUAUGAUACCCAUUAUAUAUUAUUUUGAAUUGUGGGUAGUUUUACCAUCAGUGCAUAAUCCUGGAACACUUAUGCAUGGUAUACAUUUUGCUCUUGGAUCAUUUUUAUUGUACAAUGUAACAAGCAAUUUUUUGGCAGUAAUUCUAUGCGAUACUAGCCUCAAAGGAGUAAUUCUAUCUCCUGAUGAUAGCAAAUCUCGAAGAUUCUGUGCAUCUUGUGAGUGCUUUGCACCACCCAGAUCUUGGCACUGUAACAUUUGUAAAACUUGUAUUCUUAAAAGGGACCAUCACUGUGUAUUCACAGGCUGCUGUAUAGGACAUAGGAAUCACAGAUUCUUUUUUUAUUUGGUAUUGUAUAUGUUCAUUGCAACAUCUUAUGCGACAUAUUACAACACCUUUUUUGUACUAGAACGAGUAAGCUUUAGAAGCUGGUGGGAUAUCUCAAAAAUUAUAUUUCCAUUUGCAAUGCUCGCUGUAUAUCCUUCUGCAGAGCAAAUAUAUUUAGCAUUAUUUCAAUUAACAAUAAUUGGGCUGGCCUUGACUGCAAUCUUGUUUGCAUACCAUUUCAAUCUACUGAAGAAUGGAACAGUCGUGUAUGAAAGAAAAAGCAGACUGUAUGACUUUGGAUUUAAAAAGAAUUUGCACACCGUUUUUGGUGAACGGUGGUAUUUGACAUGGAUCUCUCCAACUAUUGAAAGUUAUUUACCUCAUGACGGUAUUCAUUGGGAUGUAAAAAGUACUAAUAAAGGAAAAUAAGACAAAUUUUGAAAAUAUAUUUAAUUAAACUUAUGCAUGCAGGGUAUUACAUACAAUUGAGUAUCAGGGAAACUUUGUUAAAAUAUACAUUUUUCUUACAUAU